CUUGUUGUCUUCGUCGUUCGGCAGCGUUCAGCUCGCGGCGGCUCAGUUUGCUCACAAAACGCCAUGUUUUAUCGCCUCUCAGUUGUUUAUUUUUCCGGUCUAGGCCACCGAGAUUGUGUUGUUUGUGUGAAGCUGAUACUCGCUUCGAUUUGGGAGAGCCUCUUGUAGAGCAGGUAUCGAGGGAGAAGGGAUUGCACAACCAGGAUCGAGGCAGAGUUGUCGUAAUUGGGGGAAGGGCCAGCCAGUGUAGAUAUGCAGAAGGCAUUGGUGGUUGCGUUGGGGGGCAGCCUGUUAAGUCACUUCGGGGAGAGGAUUUCUGGCUCCACCGUGUCUGUGAGGAGGAGAUUGUGCAGCGAUCGAUCGAGGGUGGUUGCGUAUCGGGGCAUGGUCACUCGCGCGUCGGAGCAAGUGGCGAAGGCGGGCCAGGAGCCCCACAACGUUGAGGUUGACGAUGAGGAUUCUGUCGCCACCGGGAGCCACCCCGUCACUCGCAAAGCCUACAGGGACGACAUGGAGGAGUCUUACGGAGUUGGUUACGCCACUCGAGCAGCUGACAUGGGCUACGGGCAGGUAUACGGCGAGGCAGUGAAAGCCAUCUUGGACAAGAAGUCUGACAAAAUGGGGAUGCAAAAGGGUGCAUCAGCUGAACGAGACCAGCACGCCGAUGCCUUUGUGGAAGCUGAGUAUGAUACUACUCAAGGUGAACCUGUCGCACAAAAAGAAGUUGGAAGGCAUUCGACAGUCUCUGCUUCAAUCGAGACCGAGAAGAAAGCACAUCAGCCGGCUGCAGAGGCUGGUGGCCAUGGUGGAGCUGCAACUUAAUUAAAAGCUGAUCACCUUAUUAUUCAAUGGUUGGUCAUAUAAGAGAAAGAAAAAUAACAUAAAGCAUGAAGUAUAUUAAUAAAAUAGCUUGAUUACAUCAUAUUCAUAAUCAUAAGAGCCUUUUAUAUUGUGUACUGGAGGAGUUGUAACUUCUCCAGAACUACUUUGUAACUAUUUGAAGGUAAUUUUAAAUUUACUCACAUGUAUUAAUUAAUCUAAUAUAUAUCAGUAAAUCUAACACCUCCCUUAAUUAUCACA